GACUUCAACCUGAAGGGCCCCAAAUUGCAGGGAGAUGUGGAUGUGAGCCUUCCCAAGCUGGAAGGGGAUUUGCAAUGUCCGGACGUUGACCUCAAAGGCCCCAAAUUGGACCUUCAGGCGCCCGACGUGAAGGUCCCUGAAAUGCACCUCAAGAUGCCCCACGUCUCCGUCCCUGACAUCGACCUCAACCUGAAGGGCCCAAAGGUGGAGGGGGAGCUGAAGGGCCCCAGUGUGGAUCUGAAGGGUCCCAGUGUGGAUCUGAAGGGUCCCAAAGUCGAUAUUGAGUGUCCUGGGGUCGACAUCGACGGUCCAGAGGGAAAAGUGAAACUACCGAAAAUGAAGCUGCCGAAAUUUGGGCUGAAAGGAGAUGCCCCCGAGGUGGAUGUGGAGCUGCCCAAAGGAGAGGUCGAGCUUUCGGGCCCCAAAGUGGACAUCGCUGUCCCCGAUGUGAGCAUCGAAGGUCCGGAAGGAAAACUGAAAGGUCCUAAAGUGAAAGUGCCCGAAAUGCACGUGAGCGUGCCCAAAAUCUCCAUGCCCGACAUCGAUCUGAAUCUGAAAGGGCACAGAGCCAAGGGAGGAUUCGACCUCACGGCCCCAAAGAUGGAAGGGAGCCUGAAGGGACCCGACGUCACCGUCAAAGGACCCGAAUUUGGGGUGAAAAGCCCCGAAAUGGACGUCGAGUGUCCGGAGCUGAGCGUCGAAGGGCCGGAGGCGAAUGUCAAGGCUCCCAAAUUCAAGAAACCGAAAUUUGGGUUCGGGAUGAAGAGUCCGAAGGGCGACGCGAAGGUCCCGGAGGUGGAAUUCCCAGAGGUGGAGCUGAGCGCGGAGUUACCCGACCUGAGCGUGGCGGCCAAAGGCAAGAAGAGCAAAUUCAAGAUGCCCAAACUCCACAUGAGCGGCCCCAAAGUGAAAGGGAAGAAGGGAGCCUUCGACGUGAGCGUGGCGGGGGCGGAGGUGGACGUGGGUGUGAAACCCCCCGAGGUGGAUGUGAGCGCGGCCGGCCCCGACGUGGCCGUGAAGUCCCCCAAAGGGAAGAAGGCCAUGUUUGGGAAGAUCUCCUUCCCCGAUGUGGAGUUCGACCUGAAGUCGCACCGCUCCCGGGGGGACGCGGCAGCGGUGCUCCCGAAAAUGGAAGGGGAACUGAAGGAGUUGGAGGUGAAGGGUCCGAGCGUCGACGUGGAGGUGGGGGCGGCGGAUUGGAGCGCGAAGAAAGCCAAAGUGGCGAUUGCUGGGGUGAAGGUGGAGGGGGAGCCGGAGUUUGAGCUGAAAGGACCAAAAGGCAAAGUGGAAAUGUGCGUUCCUGAAGGGAGGCUGAACGUGGGGCUGAAAGGACCCGAAUUCGACGGGAACCUGAAAGGACCAAAGGUGAAAAGCGAUGCGGAGCUCAGAGGGUCGGGAGGGCAGCCGCCCCAUCUGACGGCGCCGCGCAUGGAGGGCCCCGAGCUGAGCAUCGGCGGCUCCGUCCCAUCCCUGGGCUGCCAGGGGGCUCAGCUCCACCUCUCCGGCCCUUCGGUGGCCGUUUCGGCCCCUGAUCUCAACAUGAAGGCAGAUCUCGGCGGCUCCGCCAAAUCCCCGGUGCUGUCGGUGGACGCGGCCGGCGUCGGCGUGGAGGGGUUGGGCGGAACCAUCAAACUGCCGUCCCUCCAGCUGCCCCGGUUCGGCCUCUCCGUUAACGGGGCCGACGUCGAAGGAAUCGACGGCGCCGCGUCCGACGUCCCGGCGACCAAAGCGAGCGUCCGAGGGCCGGCGGCGUCGGGAGGGGGCGGCCCCAAAGAUGGCGGCGGCGGCGGGGAUCUGUGCGCCGGCAGGGUGUCCUUCCCCAAACUGCGGGUGCCGAAAUUCCACUUCUCCGAGCCGGAGGUGAAGGGCAGAGAGGUGGCGGUGGACGUGGAGUUCGCAGGGACGGAGGCGGGCGUCCCAGCGGAGCCCGAGGCGGACGAUGCCAAAGGGAAGAGACCCAAACUGAAGAUGCCCAAAUUCGCUUUCUCCAAAGGGAAGGCGAAAAGUGGGGCGGCUCCCGGUUCCCCCGAGCUGCCCGGCUCCCCUGGGGGCUCCCGGGGCGACCUGAAGAGCUCCAAAGGCAGCCUGGGCUCAGCCGAGGGCGAGCUGGACGAGGCUUCGUCCUCCAAAGGCAAAUUCUCCAUCUUUAAGAGCAGGAAGACGAGGCUCCGCUCGUCGUCUUUCAGCGCCGAGCCGCCGGAGCCGGAAGGAGCGCAGGGAAAAGCCAAGUUUGGGACGUUCGGCGGCGUGGGCUCGCGGAGUAAAGGCUGCUACGAGGUGACGGGGGGCGAGGAGCAGCCCUCAGCCCCACAUCAGCCCCCUUCCGCCCCACAUCAGCCCUCCUCGGGUGCCGCCCGCGGGGCGCUGCGGUUGCCUUCCUUGGAGCUGACGGUGGCCAAGCGACGCGAGCAGGAGGGCGGCUGCACAUAGGGCCGGGCUCACAGCGCCCUGCCUCCCUUUUGUUUUUGGGCCUUUCUUUUUUCC